AAGAAAGACUUGACGACUGAAAAACAGAAGAAAAGCCAGGUUUUCAAGAGAUUCAAACGAGCUGAGACUGUUCAAAGUGAGUCGGUUAUUUAUUUAUUUAUUUAUUUUACUUUAUUUUGUCUUGUUAACUUCCCGAUUAUCGAAGGAGUCCAGCAUAUGGAGUUUUCCUUGUUAGGUUUGUAUGCUAUCCUAUAAGCCUACGCCAGAGAUAAAGUAGUAGCUAGCUAGUGCAUAGAUACAGCUUACAAAUUAUGAAAGGAAAUAAAUAACAAAACACCACUGUGUAUUUUUUUUUCUUUUUUCUUUCUCUUUCUCUUUCAUUUUCUUUUCUUCCUUUUUCAUAAUAGGGACACUUUAUGGAGACACUUUAAAAAAAAGGUCUAUUAUAGCCUCGUUUCUUUCUUUAUGUAACUAAAAUGCGCUUUUAUUUUGUUGUCUUAUUUUAUCUACCGUACCGUAAGUGACCUAAUAAACGCCCGGGACGUCUAUUCAAUUUUAGGGUUGCAAGCCGGGGCGUUUAAUUGAUAUGAAUCGUUUAAAGAGAGAAGCGUUUAUCCUCAUAAUUGUAACAUCUAUUAGUAAUGACAAUAGGACUGAGUGUCAAUAACAAAAUGCAAGAAUCUUAGUCUUGAAAUAUUUAUUAAUGUGAGAGAAAGAUUCCAAAGCAAAAACAUGAUCGGUUGUAACUUUGGAUGAAAUCAUCGGAAAGUUGAAGCCCGAACGCAUGAUAAACUUUCCAAAAAGAAAAAAUAAAUAAAUUAAAAUACACCACUACUUCUUCAUUUAUUUUGAUUGGUUAUCAUGAGCUAAGUAGUUAAAUUUCAUUAGCUAAGACUGAUUUGGUAAUCUAUCUAUCCCAGAAAUUUGGGUAAUCACGUGACCGUACGCCAUUACGUCCGUACACUCUUUGGGGGUGGUACCAUGUAGACUCUGGGGUGGUACUUAGUAUACUGAUAUACUCUGCAAGGGAGACGAGGAAUCCAAAGCACGCAGCUUGCGUUUGUCUUGCAGGGGCAAAAGAUUAUUAAGCUGGUUGAAGUUCACCUACAGACAGCCAAUGGAGUUUUUCUAGUGUAGAUCUUGAAUUUCGUUUGUUGAUAUACGACAAAAACUGUGAACAAUAUAUAUUUUUAGCGUGUGCUUUUACCUUGGUCACAGAUUUGUCAAUGUUUUGAAAGGUGAAUUCAUGCGUAAAAACUUAUGAAGCAUCUUGAAGUGUGUUUACCGUCGUGUAUAAAAAGUUUAAGCCUUGUGUGUUCUUUCAAUGCUGCCGCAAUAAGAAAUACAAGCUUUUUGUGUUCUUUCAAUGCUGCCGCAACAUGAAAUACAGCCGCUAUCAAGAUUCUUUCUUUGUUCAUAGUUGGUUUGAUAAUUUUUUUAUCUUAUUGGUGGUUGAGGAAAGCGUCGCAUACGGGCGGAUUCAUAACUUAAGCUUAUUUUGGCAGCGGUUUUGAAAGCAUAUGCAUACAGGCUUUUCUAACCUAAUUUGCUGCCUUUCAGGGCAUUUUCUUCAGGUGAGGUUGAUUAUUCAGCAUUGUUUUUUUCUGUCUGGUUUGAUUUGUUUAUGAUUCCGGGCGUUAUUAUUUUCUGUCACUUAUGGUUCCACUAAUACUCAAGAAAAACUAACACGAACAAACAAACAAUAAAAAUCUUUAAACUCUCAUUUGAGUCUUGCUUCGAGGUGCGUUCAUCUAGUUUUCGCCAUUUAAUCUGUUUAACAAACGACAACGGAGCCGGUCGGGAUAAAAAAAAAACAACAACAACAACAAAAACAAACAAACAAACAAACAAAACCAGUCUCAAUUAAUCAAAGGUCAUAAAUCAAAGGGUUUUUAGAAACGGUUCAAACACACUAAUCCUCUUUCUAGAAUGAAUUAAACUGAACUGUUCUUGUUGUACAUUUUCUAGUGCAUUUGAUGUUGUUUUGUUUCUGGUUUCAUUUUUAUGCCGUCACUUCACGUAAGAUUUGAGACAAUAACAGGAAAGCUUUGAGAGAUAUUCUUGCCUCGAGGUCAUCUUAAAAAAUAGCAAACACCGCGAAACCAGCUUGGAAUUCUCGGUAGGAUUUUAACCGCCGAGAUCUUUGGACCAAGACAAGAUCUCGCCCAGACCCCUUUAUCUCGGCCAAAAUCUGGCCUAGAUCUCGCCGAGGUUCCAAAAUCUCGGCGGCCAAAAUCGCGGCGUGGUCUUCCCGUGAUAACGGCGGCAAAAAUCUCGACGAGGUCCCUGAAUCUCUCUGGAUUUCUAAAGAACCAUUCGUGUUGCACCGCUAUUCUGAAAAUGACCAAGGACUGGAGAAGGAGCCUUGUCAACAGAGAGUCAGCCAUGGCCGUGGCCGUUGAUUUAUCAAAGGCUUUUGACCUUAUUAAAGGGACUGGUUCACGAUAAUGCGCAGGUGUGAGUUCUGACAGUGGCUGAUUGUUUUUAAACCAAUCGGAAGCGAGUUAGAUGCACGCAAGUAAACUGAAAAUUCUAAUUCAUGGUUCGCGACGCGAUAGUAUUUCAGGGCAUUUGGUUUGAUUUCAUAUAUCCCCAUAAUUCAAGUUAAUUCUUUGCUACUCCUCAGAUAUAUGUUGCAGCCGAUAAGAAUGAGAUUUACAGCCCUGUCUUGCUUUGAAACAAACAUUUACCAACGUGUAUUUUUACGAGGUCGUUCCCACGCUAACAAAGCAGUCACCCGAGAUUGGCAAACAAAAUUUGUAAACAAACAUUUUUAAACUGUUCUCUCAGUUCACCUUAUGUAAACCCAGAAAUACCUACAAAUAGCGCCUGACCGGUGACAAAAACACACAACGUAUAUAUGAGUAUAAAGAUUAUUCUUAAUUGAGCAUAAAUUUCAAUUGCUUACCAGCAAAUGAACAAAUUCAUUCUCGUUGCACCGGGUCAGUGUUCCGCAAAACAAAUGUUAUCGAGUAGAACACAUAAAGAAACUAGAUUAUAAACAGAAUUUUCAGGCAAUAAUUUAUUUUAAAAACAUCAAUUCUUAAAGAUAUACGAUCGUAAAGCAAAGAUACAAGGAACAUUUCAAGUGUACGAGAUCGUUGAAGAUCGCGCGGCCUGUUGCGGUAUAACUACAGGUAGCUACAGGUCGGAGUCAAAAAUCAAAUCAAAGUUGAACGAAGUCAUGCCUUUAACCACUUUCCAAGUGUCGUGUAUUCCUUUCGUAAGCCACACACUACUCCUAGAACCAUACCAGACCGAUCGGCUAAUCUUCUCUAUCUCCAAAGACUCUUGAGAACGUCCUGUUGCUGGACGGCCACGAUGCUCUUCUGAAUCUCCAUGACUGAAAACAUUAUUUUUUGCGUCUUCUUAAAACGUAACCAGUCAAACAACAAAGCCACACGUUAAUCACCACUACUGAAGUAUAACUACGCCAGCCAAAGCGACGGAUUUCGGAAUAAAACGAAUGAUUUUCAAUGAUUGUACCAGUAAUGGCGGUUUCGAAUUUAGUGUUGACCCAACAAAUUUAUUUAUAAACGGCGCGCAUGCGUAUAACCGUGAUCGCGUCCCUUACACCACAAUCUCCUGUCGGCAAAGCUGAAAGCCUAAAAUUGGUCUCUCUCAAUUCGCCUUGAGUUUGAUGUCAUUCUAUUUACUGGGUCGUGAACAGAGGGUUUGUUUGCACGGUGUGUGCUCAAUUAGUUAUUCAGAGUUUAGGGCGCCGAUGAAUAAAUCGUACAUCAUGCCUCAGCUGCACGUACAAGACCGUAGGUCUCGACGGACAACUAUUUUUCUGUUUUUACAUACAAUUUACUCUUAUAGUGACUUGUACCAGGUGUAACAUUAUCUCCUCUCAUAAAUGUUUGAUCUACACUAACCAAACGUUUUGCACAAUGAGCUUCAACAGAAAGUUAAUAAAUUUUUGUGGGAGGAAUAUUUCGAAACUGAAAGGCCAUUUCUGUUCUAUUUUUGCGUGGACGUCGCGCGGGUUUUAGAGCUCGUGCCAUACUAGUGCUCAGGCUGCGCACGGUCAAUUUGCUUUAGGGAGCCACCUCAGGCUGCCUCUUUGAUCCACCAAUGUUGUACAAAAAUGCCAAGAAAAAAAUGUAUGUUGUCAUAUCUCCCACCCCCUCCACCCAAAAAAAUGCGAUGAUGAAGUCUGAUUUCUGCUCUUUAGUGAACAACAUUGGCUGGUUGGGUGAGUGGAGGGUUCAUAAUGGGAUAGGUGUCCUGUGAGUAAGUAAGUGCAAAAUUCUUAACACAUUUUGUCCAAUAUUGUAGCCAUGCAAGUAUAAAAAUUAUCACUGAGGCAAUUGAAAGACAUGAUAAAAUGAAACAAUAAACACCUUCAGCUCUCAUAAUCAAUCAGAACCUGAUUGAUAAUGGUCUUCCUAAAGUAAAAAAAAAAAAAUGUAGAGAUACUUACGUCAGUAGUCUUCAAAUAACCCCAAACCUUUUGUCACAUGAACUGCAAUGAAUGUUGUAUAUAGAGUGCUUUAUUCAGCUUGGCCAUCAAGGCACAGACAUUCCUACAGAAGUCUUUAUUACUGUUCAUAAAAAAAGUAUUUAACUUUAUUAGUUAGAUAGUUUUUAUAGUCAGGUACGUGACAGAAAGAAUAUAUGCUGUAGCAUUACGUUUAGCAUUAUGUUCGAAAACAAAAUCUGAAAUAAACCACAGACGGCUUGAAAUUAACCAUCUUAUUGGGACCCCUUUUAAAUGCCACUGACAACAGUGACGUCAAAGUGGAAAAUGCUGGCGUACAUAGCCCCACGACCCCACCGCGGUUGUCGAAUAAGUCAGCAAUAUUGGAAAGGACAAAAAAAUUUAAAAAGGAAGCAAAUUUGUGCCCAUGGUUUGGACCUAAGAGAGUGAAUUAAUCAGAAGCAUUUUCCUUACGUAUGACUGUUGAUUCAUUUUGGGAAGUGAACAGCUUUAACUUUAAAGUGUCUAUUUUUGGCUCCAAAGUAUCAUUCUAUAUUUUUAAUUCAUUUAAAUCGCAUCACAACAAAUGCUUGAAUGGGAAAUGAAAAAAAAAAAGAAUAAUCAUAAAGUAAAAUAACAAUAGUAAUAAAAAAAAAAAAAAGAAUAAUCAUAAAGUAAAAUAACAAUAGUAAUAAUAACAAUAACAAUAAUAAUAAUAAUGAUGAUGAUGAUAAUAAUAAAGGAAUUUUAUGUGUUUACCCUUUAGCCUGGAAUCCGUAUUGAUUGCAAACUGGCAACCUACUGUUAUACCUUUCCUUUGUUUCUUUCAUGAAAAGAUACUUCUAUCAGUCCCGAUGAUUCGAAGAAAAGUAAGAAUUGUUCGAAGGAAAUAACGACGCAAACGAAUAAACAAAUAAGUAGAUAAAUAAACGUGCACAUAUAGGGUGCAUACACUAGAUUUAAAAAAAGUUAAUCAAAAAGGACAAACCAUAUUUCAACAAGUUUGUAACGGCUUCCUUUUAACAAUGUGGAAGUCAACAUACUACUAGCGUUUUAAAACUACAACUUAUUAGCCUCUAACCAUCACAACCAACGGUGACGCACAAAAAUGGAAAAAGCGGGCGUACAUGUACACACAUGCCAGCCUAAUUCAAUUACAGCUGUCUCUCCUCCCUAGUCGCCGGUAGGUCAACCCAAGCGUUAAGGAGUGAGGAGAGGUGGCUGUAGUCGCAGACUAAGUUUAUUAUUUGCAUAAGUUCAGUGGUCCUCGAGAGAUGUCAGUUACCCGCCAUAUAUAACAAAUUAACCACUACGGCUUGAAAUUAACCAUCUUAUUGGGACCCAUUUUCCAUACAAAAUUUUAACCCGUAAACGCCACAGUUAACAAUGACGUCAAAAUGGAAAAUGCUGGCGCACACACCCCCACGGCCCCACCUUAGUUGUCGAAUAAGCCUACAAUAAUGGAAACGAAAAAAAAUAAAAUAAAAAAGGAAACGUUUGUGCCCAUGGUUUGUGCCUAAGCCAGUUCUAAAGCAUUUCCCUUACUUAUGACUGUUGAUUCAUUUUGGGAAGUUAACACCUUUAACUUAAAAGAGUUUAUUUUUGGACGCACAGAAACCUGUGAAGUUAAACCAAGCUUAUGUCAAGAAGAUGAACAACGGCGUGUCAAUGGCAUUCCUGCGAACAACAUAACCAUAACAUUUCACAAGCUUAGCGACACUGGCAGAUUUUAUGCAAAUGUAUCGUGGACACCUCCACCUGGUACGUUUAUCAGAAUCUCAAGAAUAUGCAAUGUCCAGUUCCCAAGCAAUGGAUCGUUUACACUGUACCUAAGAUUAAUUAAAGGAAUUAUAUGAAAUAACUGGUUUACCAUUUACUUUCAAAAACUGAGGAAACCAUUUGAUCGUGCAGUGAGCAAUCACAAUAAAGUUCAGGACACGCGAGCAAACCUCAAAAAUCCCAAACUUAGUGAACUGCCGUUGCUGUUUGCGGUUUAGUCUCCCCACGCCUUAUUAGCUAUUUCCUCGCAACACCAAAACAUUUCAUAGACAUGUCUGGUGUUCACGAUUUUGUGAAUUUCACAGUGUUUGGUCAAGAGGGGAACAUCAAUUUACUUCCAAGUCUUAAAAUUUCUUUUCUGUUACUCUUAUUUGUGUUCAGCUUUGCUGUGUUUUCCUCUCAAAGCAGGACCAGACAAUUCCACUGGUUACAGGCUGAUUUAUAUUAUGGGGCGUUACUGGGACUAUUGUUGCCGAGACGUAAAUAAGGUGAGUCAUUCGGUCAAAUAAGUUGCCAUUGUCUAGUUACCCCUACUGCUUCCUGCGACCGGUGUGAGAAUCCAGAGGAUCAUGAUCGAUCAUGAUACGACCACCAAAAUUACAUAUUAAUUCAAUAACAUUCGUGCGCACGUGGAUGUUUUUCGUGAAAUGAGGACCAAUGACCAAUCUACGGUGGCCCGUUAUCGCGCGAUAAGUUAAAAUUAUCGCGCGAUAAAAUGAACAGUUAUCGCGCGAUAAUUAGUCAGUUUAUCGCGCGAUAAAUUUGCAACAUAUCACAUGACUCACGCUUUCCACCCACGUGUUUAUAGCCUUUAAUUCUCAGAGUUUAGCUUUUACAAGUAUAUCUUUGAGAGACCUUCCUUGUUUGUACGAUAUAAUUAGAGGUUCUUUGUAGAUCUGUCUAAGAAGAGGUUGGUUCUCUAUCAGUUACCAGUGUUUCAUAAGAAUGUUUUUAUGGCUAGCAACUCAAAUUUCAAAGAACGCUUGAUUGACAGAAGCUACCCACAAACUAUGAUAGAAAACCUUCUAUCAGAUAUAAAGUUAAUAGAGAGGGAGUCUGCACUCCUGAAACACAACGACAAAGAGAAAAAAGAAAUAUUGCCUUUCGUGACAAAGUACCAGCCCUCAGGUCUACUUUAAACGAAGUUUUAAUGAAAAAAUGGAAUCUUAUACAAAACCAACCGUUACUUCGCCAAAUUUUUAAAGAACCACCUAUCAUUUUCAACGAGAAAGGAAAAUCCCUGGAGGACAUGCUCGUUAGAGCUAAAAUGUAAAAGGUUAACACAAGGUUUCACGCCGGUAUGGAUGUGCGGCCUGUCACCGCUAGCAUUUUCACAUGUUAACCUUUAAUUAGUGCGCAUGCUAAUCCGCCGGAGAACUCAGUCCUUUUCUGUAAAUACAUAACAAGAACAUAACCUUUAUUCACUUCACUUAAUAAAAGGGAUCACUGUUGGACAAUGAAAUACUUUAAACUUGAAGCUAAGAAGUAACCUGGCUUGAUUCUCACUGUAUAGUUUUGAAACGAGAGAUACUUGAUUACAUAUAUUUAGCACUCAUUAAUUGUAAAUCUUAAUUACUCCCCUUUUCCUUCAGGAUUAAAAUGCUGUAAUCCUUGCUUGGAAAUUUAGCUUGGCACCUCAAAUGAACCCUAUUAAGCUGGCUUAAAAGUUAGACUAUAACUCCUUCUUAGUAUGAUAAAGAAAGGGCCAACAUCAAGAUAAUGCAUGCAUACAUGCAUGCAACGUUUUAGCUUCUCUUUUUCAUGUGAUAUGCUGCAAUUUAUCGCGCGAUAAACUGACUAAUUAUCGCGCGAUAAUUCAAAUUUAUCGCGCGAUAAACUGAAUAAUUAUCGCGCGAUAAUUCAAACUUAUCGCGCGAUAAACUGACUAAUUCUCGCGCGAUAAUUCAAAGUUAUCGCGCGAUAAUUUAAACUUAUCGCGCAAUAAGUUAAGCAAAAAAAUAUAUUUUAAUGUCCCUUACGGGCCACCGUACCAAUCAGAUCACGAUAUUAUAUAGCAGAAUCUUCUAUCAUUGUUGGCCGGCAUCAAAACGUAUUCUACAGUCUUCCCCGCAUAGCUUUCUUCCCCAGGGAGUGCUCGACUUGCUUGGCCUGCUGAUUUUUUUUUCUUUUUUUUUUUGCUUGGCUUGCUUCGCUUGAAGAUUUUCUUUUAAGCCCCGCACCAUUUCGGAGCCUGUUCGCAUGUCAUUUUUCUCAAUACCUCAAAUCCCUAUAAAUAACUUCCAUCCCUAGUAAUAACUUUAGUCAUUCAGUACUUAACUGAUAAACAAAGAGGCAAAUGAUUAGAAAAUUACAAGGCGCAUCGACUAUAACCCGAUGAAGUUGCUUAUCAGCCGUUUCCACUGUUCCAGGGUAUGCCAAAAAAGGGUAUCCACACUAAUAAAGAACUGAUAAAAAAACAACAACAACAACAACAACAAAAAACACUGUUGAAUUCAGCCAUUAGUGAAAUGGGGCAACUACAGAAACUACAACUAUAAAUCUCCAAUCAGUACGCAUAUGCGUACAUAUGUUUGUCUUUAUUGCUUUCAGACAACUACAUCAGCCAUUGUUGAUAGAUUUACUAAAGGCUUAAAAGGAAAUGAGUAUUUUCGCGUCAAGGUAAGCUUAGAAAAGUCAACCAUCAUAAAGAAAACCGUUGCCUCCAUGGAAUUACUGCAACACUUGUCGGGGGAUUAAGGGGUUCACUCACUAGAGGGAUUAAAUUUUCCACGAGAAAAAUGCUUUCGAACCAACAAUUGGGUAGGUGUAUGUUUUCGCUGCGUUGUGAAAUCGUGGAUGUCUCGCUGCCAUGCGAUCGACUCCGGGUUGUCAUCGAGUUAGAUCGUAUGUUUAUUUUUCCUCUUUAUUUGCGAGACGAGGCCGAAGGCACCGUGUAGCGUGGUUCAUAAAACUGCAGGAAUGUGCGUCGCACGUGGAUCACUUAAACGAGUGAAAUAUUGGGUUGCCUACCUAUAAGUCGGAUUGAUGUUCAAAUUUUUUUUAGCGACAAAAGAGUGACAUCUCAGUCUGUAACAUAGGAAACUGUAAUUUGGCAUCAGCAACCGAAGCCAGCUUAGUGCUAGACUUGAAUUGUAAAUUGUAAAUUUUCCACGAGGAAAAUGCUUUCGAACCAACAAUUGGGCAGGUGUAUGUUUUCGCUGCGUUGAGAAAUCGUGGAUGUCUCGCUGCCAUGCGAUCGACUCCGGGUUGUCAUCGAGUUAGAUCGUAUGUUUAUUUUUCCUCUUUAUUUCCCGGCCUACUGUUUUUUCCACUCUUUUCCCGAGAUUCAAGAGAUUCUUCAAGACACGUAUUUCCCAUCUCAGUUCUGUUGACGAGUUUGUUGGUGAAUCUACACUGCUCAGAAAAACGGGGAACGUUCUAGCGUCGUAUUGCCUACCUUACUUGACUACCUUUGUUUGCGAUUAUUUCACACAUAUCCUGUGCUAGGUUGGUAAUUACAGCAAGUUUUUUUAUGGACUGAUUCUCGCAUUCACUUUGUUUACCAGGUACUUACUCUUCCACUUACACCAGGUACUCCUGUUAAAGUCAAACGUAAGUUAAUGGUCAUAUUUUCUCGCGCGCUAGCUGUUAUUUACUGUCUUCACCUUUAUCAAAGUUGCAUUAAAAUGCCCUAGAGUGUCAAAUGUGCAAUCAAAUUACAUGAUAUUAGAAUAUGAAAUUGAUGAUGCCAUUUUUGUCCUUUUAACUCUCUUUCUUGUCACAGGAAAAAGGAUACUGCAGCCGACUAGGCUGCCAACCGGUAAUUCUUUUAAGAGUACUUGCAAAGUAAAGAUGCUAUUUUUAGAAGCAUAAGCUCGUUUUACUCUAGCCAAUAACGGGACCAGAUCGAUUCUUUGUUUUCAAUUGCUUUAGUGAAAGUGACUGGUAGGUAAUGAAAAAUAUGACUUUUAAUCGAACAGCUGUCAUUCAAAGUCGAUCCACAGAAGAAAUAACAUUGCUUUUUUGCUUUUUUAAUCCGGUAUUCAAAAUAUUUCUCCGUUUUUGAAUGGUCUAAAUAUCCGGGCCAAUAAUUUAUAAAGCGCUAUCGCUGACUAAAAUUGAAUAUACUUACGUUAAUUGUCCAUAAAAAAAAUAUUAGUCGUCAGGUAGAUCGUCAUAUCACUUAUAUAAUCAUUGGAUGAUUUAUGUCACACAACCAAUACUUACGUAACUGAUGACCGAAUAUAAACACUUGACAUUUAGAUGCAUUGUAUUUGUUCAUUUUUUUCAAGAAAAUAAGUCCACCUGACUACAAAUCCACCCAGUAAUUUUUUACGCUUACCCAGUUUAAUUGACGAUAUUACUAGGCCUUUUCCUCUGCCCUAGAAAGACUUUUGGCCACGUACCUGCAAGAGCUGAAUCAUGUUCUUCUUUACGACGAACAGAAAAGUCAAAACAAUCAAAACAAAAAUAAUAAUAAUUAACAACAGCAAAAAAAAGCUCUGCACGGAGAAAAUAUUCAGUUUAACUUAGUUCUCAUUUUAUUCCAGUCUAUUUUAGACUAUUUUGGGCUAUUUAAGUUUGAUGUCGUUUUCAUGCCAUGCGUCCCAGCAACUUUUUUCAGACAUUCCAGCAGCUAUAAAAUCUUAGUCUUAUGUGUCAGUCUCCUCAAAAUUGGCCUUCUGGCUAAUUUUCUUGUGCUCUUUCCACCUGAGGCAUUUUUAGAGCUGUAAUUGUAUGCCAUAAUUUUUUGCUUAAGAAUGGUCACGUGAUCAAGUCUUGCAAAGGGCCUAUUAGAAAUAUAGGGUUCAUCAAUUUGACACGUAUGCGUACAGCAGUUGCAUCUGCAUUGGUUAUUUCGCCUUAAAAUAAAUAAAUAAAUAAGACAAAAAAAAAAACAACAACAACAACAAUUCUUCAGAUGAAUGAAUCCCAGAGUGGUUUUAGUAAGCCUAAUUUAUCCACAUUUAGCUUUUUCCUUAGUAUUCAUUUCCUUGUAACAUUUUUUGAGACAAUGCUUUUGCAAACAGGUGUGGCGAAAUAUCUUUUUUGCAAUCUCUUUAAUUUCAUCUAGAAAAUCAAGAAACUACGUCUCCAUCACAAACAAGCGAGGGUAAGGAAAAACAACAACAAAAAUGUGAACAUGAUACACGUACAUCGUCAUGAUCGAUAAAACCCCCUGGCAUGGAAGGAUUACAAAAAAUAUAUAUAUCUAUAUAUUUCUAACUGUCGCCCGGAGAAGAGAAAAUGCAUUGAUCAAGUAUAAACGGAUUUACGUGAACAUGUUUAUUUAGUCUUUUUUUUUUCUUUUUUAGGAGAAGAAGUUGUCCUUACUGCGAAAACUCCUGGUAACUUUUCACGUUUGAUGUUACUAGCUAUUUCCUUUUGUUCUAGAAGGACCAGUAUCCGACAGGAGUAUAAGACUGAGGAGACAGUAAUAAGACUACGCUAUCUGUGUACCUAUCAGUUAUUUCUCUCAUAAGUAGGUGGAUUUAUGAUUAUGAUCUUCCGGGCAAGUGUGGUCCUGAAUAGAACUGUUGUUGACAGUGACAGACGUUUCGACAACGUGUGCAGUAGACAUCUUUAGAGUCAACGUGAGUUGCAUCACGUCUGUUGAUUAAAUUUAACUCUUUUUAUUAACCUGAUAGGUCAAUUAAGUCUCAACGUUAUUGGUCGUCUAUAAGUUAAGCCUUGAUUUCAUUGGCUAUGAAGACUCUAGAAUCUACACAGCCCUAUAACAUCACUGCUUAAUGAAAUGACUCUUGCGGUUCAAACCUUUACAGUUCUACGCCUGAUAGCUUUCUUAACCCAAGUUGUACACCAAAGGGAUCGAUUUGUCGGAACGAAUUGAUAUCUUCACUGCCAACCAACUGGGUCAUUUCUUUUUCUUUCUGAACAGAGACAAUAAAUCAAUCUUCAUCGUCUUCAUCUACAAGUAAGUAUAUACUAUAUUUUUUAAAAUUAUCAGUGAGUGUUUCAGUUUUAGUUUGAACAAAAUGAGAACGAUAUAAGAGCACGAGCUGCAAUUUUUUGUUCUUAAGCUCAAGUAAGCCAAGAGAGUAUUUCUGCAUCUCUGUCUAAAGGUGAGUGUGGAAAAUGUAUGUUGGUUUGUUUGUUUUAGUACAGUUUACAUGUCUUUUAUAUAUAUCUGUCUGGAUUUGCAAAAGGUACCUCCAGGAUUUUUUAGCGACCAUAUUUUUUUCUCUUACGAUGUUUUCAGUACAAAAAAAUCCCUAAAAAGCUACAUUACACAAAAAACAAAAGAAAACAAAACAAAACAAACAAGACAACACAAAAGACAAACAAACAAAAAACAUGUGUUCAUGUGUUACAGCCCAUGUUCUUUAUAACCCCUCAAAAAGCUACACUGCUUAUGAGCAUUCUCGCUGUCAGUAACUAUUACGCGAAGGACAAGUCAUAGGUGAUAACGAUUGCUGCUGCUACUGUUGCUGUUUCUGUUGUUGCUUUUCUUUUAACUCUUUUGUUGGCCUUCCAAAGCUUUCUGUAUUUUGUAUCAUGCAAUCUCAGUUCAACCCGAUGGUUGACAAAAUAUUAUUUUUCAGCAAUUUUGAAAGUUCCGUUUAAACUUUGGCACUGCUCACAUAAUUAGCACCUAGGCUACUGCUCUAAUUAUGCAUAUUUAUUUAUUUAUUUAUUUAUUUUUCUUUGUUUCAUCAUUUUUGGUCCCAUAUCAGGCAACAAGGCUUCACGCGAGAAAAUUUUAAUCAUCACUGCACCUUCGAUCUUUGUGUUACUAGUUGUGACUGUUUCAGCUUACUGGUACUUUCGGUACUUAAGCACACAAAGACAACCAGCACGAGGUCAGUAUUACUUGAUUUUUGUAAAAUUAUACGGAGUUUCACAUCCUCUACGAGACAAAAAUCGUAGCGUUUUCAUGUUAUUUCAGGUGCUCGCUUGAGAAAACAAAAAUGAACUUCCAAGCAAUUGAGGAAGUUCAGUAGGAGGAAAGAAAUACGUAUAUUACAAUUUGUGUAAGAGCUUGUACUGUAUUCCUUUUGAAUGAUGAACCUCAACGUGUCAGACACGAAUUUAACAAGGUUUUUCUAAAUGUUGAUUUCUAUUUAUUUCAUUUUUUGGCGCCAUUCAGUGCUGUUCCCUCAGUGGUUUAUUAGCACCCUCUGAGAUCUGCCGAUAAUUCUUCAUAGCAUUAAUUCCUCCUUUCUCUGUUAUUGUUCAUUCUUAUUCAUUUCAAAUAUAGUUCCGUUUCUGAUUGACUUCAAUUUUCCCCGGCUGGUAUAAUUUUCAUAAAAAUCUAGUGCUGACUAAAAUAUGAAAAUGUUUGUCUAUAUCAGUACGAUAUAUAUAUAUAUUGAUUGCUAAGAUUCUAAGGGAUGAAAAAUGGUUUUGAAGUCGAAAACGUUUCAUCCCUGUUGGCUUGGGAAAAUUUUGAAUGAAUAAUUACUAAACUCAUUACAAUUGAAUUUCAUACUAUGAGAAGUAUUUUGCAGAUCUUCGUCCGGUGCUGGAUUUCAGACAUCCGCGUGUUAUCACAUUAAUCUUAGUCGUUUCGGGUAAAAUGCAGUUUGUUUUUUUUUUGUUUACAGUUAUUCUCUAAUGUUAUCUUCCAGAAGAACAUGAACAGGAUGUUGAUUACGACGCCUUCAUCAUAUACAGCUCUGCAGACGAAAAGUGGGUUAAUAAGAUUCUCUGUCCAAUUCUUGAAGAAAAACAUGGUUUGAGGUGUUGUGUUCACCAUAGAGAUUUUGUUGUUGGAAAACCGUUUCGCGAAAACAUGGCCGACAGUGUUUAUAAAAGCAGGAAAAUCAUUGCUGUCGUGUCCCGCAACUUUUUCAAAAGUAAAUAUUGCAGUCAGGAAAUGGAUAUGGCUUUAGGCCGAUCAUUGGAUAGAGGAGAUGACAGUGUUAUUGUGAUUAAAUAUGACGACGGUGUUGACACAAGGAAGCUUCCUAAAGCACUGAGGCAGAGAAGCUAUAUUGAUUACCCAAAGUUGAUUGAAAAGGAAAUGUGGGAGAGAAGGCUUGUCGACUGUUUAAAGCACGUUCCCGGCAAGAAAACGUCUCCGGUUGGUUUCGUGUAAUCGAUAGGAUCCUGGGCAGAGACGAGUUGGCUUUCUUCUAAUUAUUAAAAAAAAAAUGGUCCAAUUUCUAUUAGUAGAUUUGUUAAUGAAGGUGGGAUCCAACACGCACACAACCAAUUUCAGUAACAUGCACAUCGGCAUUCGUUUUUGAGGAUUGUUAACUUAGACAUGCCCGGUACCUGCUAAGAUUAGACGGCCAGAGGCAGUUUGGCCCGUUUUCCCUUCAAGCACCACCGGCAAAAGUCCUAGUUAUUAUGACUCAUGCCUUGCAGAGUGCCACCUACGGCAGUGCUACUAAAAUGAUCACUCGCUUUAACGUU